AGGAGGGCGGGGGAGGGGGGGGUGUGGAAAAAUCAAAGGAAAAGUCCUUGCACCAUGUAGAGCAGCGCCCCCCUUGCCCUGGCUCCGGAGCUGGCCGGGGACCCCCGCCCCCAACUCUGCAGCCAUGAACGCAAGCAGCGAGGGCGACAGCUUCCCGGGCUCGGUGCAAAUUCCAGGUGGCACCACGGUGCUGGUGGAGCUGACUCCUGACAUCCACAUCUGCGGCGUCUGCAAGCAGCAAUUUAACAACCUGGACGCCUUUGUAGCCCACAAGCAGAGUGGCUGCCAGCUGACCAGCACGUCGGGGACUGCCCCAAGCACCGUCCAGUUUGUGUCGGAGGAGACGCUGCCCACCAGCCAGGCCCAGACCGCUGCCAGGACCAGCACAUCAGAGACCCAGACCAUCACAGUUUCAGCUCCAGAGUUUGUUUUUGAACACGGCUAUCAAACUUACCUACCCACAGACAGCAGUGAAAACCAGACAGCCACCGUCAUCUCUCUCCCCGCCAAGCCACGCACCAAAAAGCCCACGACACCCCCUGCUCAGAAAAGGCUAAACUGUUGCUAUCCAGGUUGCCAAUUCAAGACAGCCUAUGGCAUGAAAGACAUGGAGCGUCACUUAAAAAUCCACACUGGAGACAAACCGCAUAAGUGUGAAAUCUGUGGCAAGUGCUUCAGCCGCAAGGACAAGCUGAAGACCCACAUGCGGUGCCACACGGGCGCAAAGCCCUACAAGUGCAAGACGUGCGACUAUGCGGCCGCGGACAGCAGCAGCCUCAACAAGCACCUGCGGAUCCACUCGGACGAGCGUCCCUUCAAGUGCCAGCUCUGCCCCUACGCCAGCCGCAACUCCAGCCAGCUCACUGUGCACCUGCGCUCCCACACGGGUAAGUGUGCCCGCCGCUCGGCCUGGCCACCUGUCCUCACAGCGGUGCCUUAGAGCUGCAAGUAAGGAGGAGCCGGUCCGUGUGUGUGUGUGUGUGUGUGUGUGUGUGUGUCAUGGACGUGUGAUACAGACAGCUAAAGAGCCGUAAGUUAUUCGCUGAUAGACUUUGUAACGGAGAAAGUGCAGGGCACAAAAUGGAGAUAUCCUUCACAGACGUCUGCAUUAGUCAGGCAUGUCAGCGAGUUUCCAAGUGUACUCUGAUUUGUUCCAGGUGGGACAGCUUGAUCA